GUUAGUUAGUAAAAAGUGGUCUAGCAUAAUUAUGUUCAUUCUGAACAUUAUAUUGAGAAUGCAGGAUUAUGAUAGCAGGUAAUAAAGUCAAUAUAUCUUUCCGAGGUACUUGUGCCUCAACCAGAACUGGGGCAUUUUGAAUAAUACUUGGGCCAGCAAUUGGGAGAGCACACUUUCUUAAACGAGUAUGUAUAGUACUAGUAAAUGAAAUAUCAUCAAAAUGGUCUUGACAUAAAUAACACCUUAUUGAGGUUGGGCUUAAACCAAGUAUUUUAAACCAUUCGGACCUCCCAAUAAUGUCAAUUUAAGGAAAUUUAAAGAAAAUUUUAUUUUUGUAUGAAUCCUCAAUAGGCCAAUAGUAUAUGUGGGGUAUAAACGCAAAACGCGACAUGUCCAUUUUUCAACGAAAAUGACCUUCAUGUGCACCCAGAAAGUGUAUAAAUUUCUCUAUUGCCACUAAUAUAUUUGCCUGCAAACCACGACAUUUACGCUUAUAAACGCUCGUUAAAAAUUUCGGUUAAACGCAAAAUGUGACAUCGCAACCUGCAUUUGAGAUUCAAAAUGCGACGUUGUCCACACGACCAAUCAGCGAGCAGCUUACUAACACCUGAUAAAUCGUAUGUUUUGGUAUAAACGUAUUAUUAUUUUUUUCUUUACAAGCAUGCAAGCACGAGGGUGAAAUUUGUUGAUAUUCUGUGCGUGUGUUUUCAUAAUUAUUAUAAAUAUAAUGGCCGAUAACAACAAGAAACUCUUGCCGGAUACCCAAAAUCGAGCUCGAAAAAGAUCUUUUCAACCACAAGAAUGGAAAAGGGAAAAAGCUAAAGUAGCAAGAUAUUCACCUAAAUCUUUACCAGAAUUUCCCAAAUGUGGACAUAGGGAAAGUAAUGGACCAUUUCUAUGCUGGCAUCUUACCAUGAACGAUAUGAAGGAGUUUCAUAGAAGUUUUUAUUCAAGCAAGAAGAAAGCUGACCAAGAUUUCUUUUAAGUUAUUGCUCAGGAUCCACGCCUGCAAGAAAAAGAAGUAGAGGGCGUGCUGCUAGUAAGCCAAAAGCAGUGUCUUUAACCUAUAAGGUACGACAGCAAGACGGUAAAGCAGUUCAAGUAUGUAGGGAGGCAUUUCUGGGUAUCUUAGGAGUGAAAAAGGACAGAAUAUUGCGCCUGGUGAACAAGUUUAUAAACACAGGAACAGCGCCAAAGGAGAAUCGUGGCGGUGAUCGUGUUAUGGGGAAAAACGAUGACAAAAAGGUUUGCAUGAAGACAUUCAUUGAAUCAUUAAGGUGCACCGAAAGUCACUAUUGCCGCUCUGAUAGUCCACAUCGUGUUUAUUUGCCUUGUGACUUAAACAUAAAAAAACUAUGGAAUGUCUACAACGAACAAGCUGAGCCUGAUCAAAAAGUGAAGCAGUGCUACUUUCGAAAAUAUUUUAAUAGGAAAUACAACGUUGGAUUCGGAACACCUCAAACAGAUCUUUGUUCAACCUGUCUUCAAUAUAAAGAAAAAAUUAGGAGAUGCACGGAUCCUAAGGAAAAGCAGUCAUUUAUUACAAAUCACAGAGUCCAUACUCUUCAAGCCAAAAGCUUCUUUGCUUUUCUCAAACAAAACUCCGAUGAAGUAGUAAAUAUUUCUUUUGACUGUCAAAAAAAUUUACCCCUACCGAAAUUACCCGAUCAGCAGGCCUAUUUUUCAAUGCAAAUUAACUUUUUUAAUUUUGGAGUUGUCAUAGGAAGUUCAAAAUCACCAUUAACAAAAGAAAACGUAAGGUGUUAUACAUGGACAGAAGUCGAAAGACCCAAGAGCUCCAAUGAGAUUGCAUCUGCUAUUCAUCAUACUCUAAGUACGUAUGAGUUUAAAGCUACUAACAAAAUCAUUCGACUUUUCUGCGAUGGUUGUGGGGGGCAGAAUAAGAAAUCGAUUUUUAUCGGAAUGCUUUGCAACUGGUUUAAUUCCAAUGCGCCUCCGAACAUUGAAGAGAUACAAGUAUUUUUCCCUGUAGUAGGUCAUUCUUUUAUGCCACCUGACAGAGUUUUCGGCAAUAUCGAAAAAGUAGUCCGAAGAACUGCGGAGAUCCUAGAACCUUCUCAUUACGUGAACAUGAUAAAAGAUCGGGCAACAGUUUUUAAAAUGGGUGUAGAUUUUCAGGUUUUCGACUGGAAAACUGAAAUAAAAAAAACUUUAAAACCUACUACACAAUGGCACUUCAAAUUUAAACCAGCAAAAAGAUUCGUUCUAACCAAAAAUAAAUUAGGCACGGUUUUAGUCAGAGGCGAAGCAUUAUACAGGAGUGAUUUAGGACAAGCAAAAGGUAUUUGUAGAAAAGGGAAGCGAAUUGAAGCAGUAAGGCCUAAAACACUCCAAGUUGGACUGAGAAUAAAAGAAGAUAAAAUUAAAAGCAUUUCAAACUUAUUAAAGACUCACUACGGGGAUGAAUGGAAAUCAAACGAAGCAUUAGAUUAUUUCAAAAAUAUUUUCGACAGCAAUGUAGAAAAUAAUUUUGAAAGGCAGGUUGAUGCCGAUGAAAAUGAAAUAAUAAGUGACGAAGAAAUUAAUAUCUAAAAAUAAGUUUUUGUAAAAGUUUUUUUUAUUUUAAUAAAGUUUUUCUAAGUGA